GGGGGUUCCGUCAGCCACGUCACCUACCGACUUGACGCGCAGGAAGGCAGAGAGAGCGAGAGAGAGACAGACAGAAGGGAACAGAGUGUUAAUGUUGCGGGAUUAACGGCACAUCUUUUACAGGACAGCGGAAUAUAUAACAGCACGCGCUUUACUAACAGCACGCGCUUUAUUACUCCAGAGAGGCAGCAGCCGAUCAGAGGGAAAGUUUGCACGCGAGAUCAGCUCGAGACCUCCUGCACAGCGUCCUUAUUUAUUAUUUUAACAUCCGGUUUAUUUUUUUCUUUCCGGGUUUUUUUGUUUUGUUGUUGUUGUUGUUUAUUGACGCGCGAGGAUGAACGUGUUCCGCCUGGCUGGUGACGUGUCGCAUCUGCUCGCGAUCAUCAUCCUCUUCAUGAAGAUCUGGAGGUCCAAGUCCUGCGCAGGUAUCUCAGGGAAGUCUCAAGUGCUCUUCGCAUUGGUCUUCACUACCAGAUAUCUGGACCUGUUCACCGUCUUCAUCUCUGCAUACAACACUGUCAUGAAGGUGGUGUUCCUGGUCCUAGCCUAUGCAACAGUGUAUCUAAUCUACAUGCGCUUCAGGAACUCGUAUGAUAGUGAGAACGACUCGUUCCGUGUGGAGUUCCUGUUGGUUCCUGUUGCUGGGCUCUCCUUCCUUGAGAACUAUGCCUUCACCCCACUGGAGAUCCUGUGGACGUUCUCCAUCUACCUGGAGUCGGUGGCCAUCUUACCCCAGCUCUUCAUGAUCACUAAGACGGGCGAGGCCGAGUCCAUCACCACACACUACCUGUUCUUUUUAGGGCUGUACCGCACCCUCUACCUGGCCAACUGGGUGUGGCGCUAUCACACAGAGGGCUUCUUCGACCAGAUCGCCGUCGUCUCCGGAGUCGUGCAGACCAUCUUCUACUGCGACUUCUUCUACCUCUACUUCACCCGAGUGAUAAAGGGAAGUGGGAAGAUGUCUCUGCCCAUGCCAGUGUGAGAACCAGCCUUGGCUCCGCCCCUUAUGUGUUUUUUUCUGUAUCAGCAUUUCUCACUCCACCAACUUCAACUUAUUUUGCGUUUUAAAGGAACUACAAUUUUUUACAGUAACUACAAAUCCCAGCCCUGCAGCUCAGCCACCACGUCUGAGGGAAAAUCAGAAAUGUGCCUUAAUGUACAGCGUAAACCUUUUUUAUACAUAAACGCCUUAUUGUUACUCCUCAAGAACAGAGCACACAUUCUAAUGUCUUCCUCCAGCCUGUCAGUGUGUGUGAGUGUGUGUGUGUGUGUGUGUGUGUGUGUGUGUGUGAGAGACCUUGUUGAUGCUUGUUAAUUGUCCUAGGGUUGCCAAGAAAGGAUACACUCUAUGUUUCAGUGUUGUUUUUUUGAGUGCAUGACCAAAAGCUGUUUGUAUUCCAUCGGUUAUCAGACACUGGUCUAAUCUGUCUAAUCUGUACAUGUCAGCUAACUACCCUAGCUCUAGUAGCCUCCCAUGUCAGGCUAUUUUCCUUCACUUUGUCAGUAUUUACUGUAGUAUUAUGACGGUUUGAGGUGUAGCACCAGGCAGAGUAACCAGUUAUAUGGCAGCUGGGAAAGCUUUGUAGUGGUUGCUGAACACUUAGCUUAGCUAGCUAACAGUGUUAAAGCUCUACAUGUAUGGUGGUGGAGGUGGUGGUGGACUGGGAGACUUCGGUUUGUGCGCUGUUCCUGUUGUGUCUGUUCACAUCACAUGUUUACAUCAUGUAUAUUGGUUCGGAAAUCGGAUCCGAGUUUGAGUUCAGCAUCUGGACCAACCACCGUGUUCCAUUUCAGAACUUACACGCUGGAUCUUUCCAGUGUUCAUUAAAGAGCGCAUAUUAUGGAUUUGAAAAGUGCCUAAUUUUGUUUUAAAGCUCUCAUACAAUAGAUUUACAUGCUUCCAAGUUCAAAAAACACUUUAACGUGCUCACAAUUUAAACUGCAGCAUUACCUUUUCCCCCAGUGUCACAAACGACUCGUUAAAGGAUUCCUUCUAAACUCCUCCUUUCAGAGAGCAUUCUCUGCUCUGAUUGGUCAGAUGUCCCAGUGUGUUGUGAUUGGUCUACCGCUGUCAGCGUGUUUCGAAAAGGAAACGCCAACUACCGUAACGAGUUUGAGCUCCGUCUGUCAGCGGGCAGCCGAUGGAGACCAGAGACGGGUUUUCUGUUACAAACCUAAGUAGGUUAGUACAGGAAGUAAAAUCUGGAAUCACUAACGACUCGUUUCAGCUGUUCAGAGUCGGUUCCUUCUUUUGGGAGUCGAUAACUCUGUUUGUCGUGAGCUUUGAUUUUUGUGGCUUUGCAGAAUUUUCACAAACAGCUACUUAUAUAACACACUACAUGAAAGGGAAUAUCUGAAAUACCAUAAUAGGUGCACUUUAAUACAUUACAAUAGAGGAAUCAGUCAGGGGCAUUAUAUGAGCGGAUCUCGACUGAAUAAACAGCAGGUCGUGCACUCAGACUGUGUGUGUGUGUGUGUGUGUGUGUGUGUGUUUUUCACAGGAGCGUAAACAUUCAGUAUCCCUUCCAAAGACUCAAUCAUAAAGAGAAGUGCUUUUUGUUUUUGUUUAUUUCUGCUUUUUGUUGAGUGUGUUUUGUAAAAUGGGUGUGUUUCGCCAAUAAACGAUAGAACGGGA